CUUGGGUAUGCUGUAUCUCGGAUCUCCCGACCCCACUCAAUUGUUCUUAUCUGUUCUAUCUGCCGGCUGCUUGGUUCUCACCAGUAAAAUUAACAACCCUUCUUUUCAUUAACCAAACAUCCGUCCACAUCUGUGCGGUGAUCAGUGGUGAAACCGAUAUAAGCGUUCUUGAUAAGAAAGAAUAUUCAAGAUAAUAUCUUGCGCGGCAGAGUCCUCCAUCCAAGGACGAUACAUUCAAACACACAUAUUUAAAUUCGUUUGACACCUGCAAGCCCGUCUUCUUGACUUCACAAUCGCAGACGCGUUCAUCUCACAUCUCUAAUAUCGUUGGGGGUUUGACAUUCUCCUAGAGGUCCUACCAGCAAUCAUCAUCAUACCAUGAAGCUCUGCGGUAUCAAUUUCUGUUUCCCCGGCUUCAAUGGCGCCAGGAAUGGAGCCAUCCAACUUCCGGAUGACGAUGAGUCUGACGAGAAUCUCAGCCAAGGCAUCACUCCGGUCGGCAAUAGCUCCCCAGAAUUCUUAUCCUUCCUGGCGAAAAACCCGGAAUACAACUCUCCCUUCCUCGACGAACUACGACAGAGCGACUUCAAGCGUCUUGACGAUCCGAGCCAUCCGUCCUGCUACCUGGACUACACCGGCGCAGGGCUCUAUCCUGAGUCCCUGGCGGCGUCCUUUGCUGAUCUGCUCACCAAGAAUGUCUACGGGAACCCCCACUCGACAAACCCGUCGAGCCAGUUGAGCAGUCGGGCCAACGAGGCCGCGAAGCACGCUGUCCUGGCCUUCCUGGACGCCAAUCCGAAUGUUUAUGACUUGGUCUGGACCUCUAACGCAACCGGGGCGCUUAAGAUACUUGCAGAAGGAUACCCUUAUCAAGCCGGCCAAAGCCUUGUCAUCAGCACUGAUAGCCACAACAGUGUCAAUGGGAUGCGUGCUUUUGCCGACCGAGCGGGUGCUAAAGUGGAAUACCUCGAUCUCCCGGAUGACAUGCGCGGCCUUAGGAUAUCAAGCCAUGAAUUGACUGAACGACUGUUAAAUCUCAAAGGUUCAUCCGCUUCACCAGGCCUGUUCGUUACAACCGCACAAAGUAACAUUACUGGGCUGAAAGCCCCGAUUCAUGAGCUCGUUCCAUUGGCGUCCUCACUCGGAUUCACCACCCUUCUUGAUGCAGCUGCUCUGCUGCCAACGACCAAACUAUCCCUUGAGAAGCUUCACGGCUCACUCGACGCGGUGGCCUUUAGUAUCUACAAGAUGAUCGGGCUCCCCACCGGUCUGGGCGCCCUCGUGAUCAAGAAGGAACUGCUCGAGAAGCUUCGUAAACCGUGGUUCUGCGGUGGAACGGUGCAAUUGGUACAGGCCCCGGGGGCGGCAGUGACGAUGGAACAAGGGCCAGCGCGUUUCGAGGAUGGGACCACAGAUUUCCUGUCAACCCUGAUCAUCCCACCGGCCUUCGCUACGUUAGAGAAAGCCCUAAGUAACUCGUUGGGAGCGCGGGUUGCUGCUUUGACGUUUUGGACGGUCGAUCAGAUGUCCAAGAUCAAGCAUGAGGUUGGAAAUUCGCCGUUCAUACUCGUCCGAAGUCCGAAUAUCCUGUUACCAAAGGCCGAGAUGGCUAAGCUUCACGGCGGCCUCAUUGCUUUCGAAGUCAUGGACAAAACUGGCGAGUAUGUCAGCUGUGAAGUGAUCGAAUAUGCAGCUUCACUCCAAGGAAUCAGUCUCCGGGCAGGUUGUAUGUGCAACCCCGGAGGUGCCGCUAGCAUCAUGAAAAUGAAGGAAAUGAUGAGCGAGUUACGAAGUGGCGAAACCAAGAAAGAUAUCCAAGCCAAAUGGGGUGUCCGAGCAGCUGGAGUGACAAGAGCUUCGUUUGGGUUGGCGUCCAACUUUUCAGACGCCCAUUACUUUAUCAAGUUCAUGGAAUCCUUAAGUCGGGCAGGCGAAUUGGAAAAGAUGAUGAGUGCAUUUUACAAUAAACCCCGAGACACAUCUGCUUGUUAACCGCAUCACAACUUGUGUGAGAGAGAAAAUCGCAGAUACGGUUGGUGUUUUAAAAACUUUCCUUUUUUUUGUAUGAUGUACCACUCUUUUAUGAACAUAUACCAUAGUUUCAAUGAAUUCAGUUGAUGUAUAACUAUCAAUUUUUUCCACAUUCUUGUGAUUUACGAACUGAGCAUGCUCUCUCAAACUUCUUUCAUCUCAACUUGGCUAUUUAUGAAAAUUUGGAUGAGUUUUUACAAAGAUGAAGAUAUGCUAUUCUGCCCGACAUUAUUGUCAUGCAUAAUCCGCAUUGUAAUGUGUGAUUUGAAAUCUGAAAUGAGUCGGCUCAAGUAGAAC